UGAAAGCUCAAUUUGGACUUAUAAUACCAAAUUUUCUCUUCUUCUUUCUUUGAACACAAAGUGAAAAAAAAAUGGUGUAUUCUUGUUCAUCAUUGCUAUUUUCUUUACAUUAUGUGAUGUUUUUGUAUCUACUAUGCGAAGGAAAGACGCAACUGCUAUCCAAAAACUCGACUAUAAAAGCCGUUUUUACUUUCGGAGAUUCCAUCGUUGAUCAAGGAAAUAAUAACAAUAUUACAACCAUAGUCAAGUGUAAUUUCUCACCUUAUGGGAAAGAUUUUGUUGAUGGAAAGGCAACAGGAAGAUUUACCAAUGCCAAAACGCCCGCUGACUUGAUAGUGGAAGAAUUGGGAAUUAAAGAGUUGAUGCCAGCUUAUCGUGACCCCAAUUUGCAAGUCGAAGAUCUUAAAACUGGAGUAAGCUUUGCCUCAGGAGCUAGUGGAUAUGACCCUCAAACAUCUUCUAUUGUGUCAGUAAUACCACUAUCUACACAAUUAAAUUAUUUUGAAGAAUAUAUUGGAAAGCUAAAGGGAUUAGUUGGAGAAAAAGAAGCCAACAAGAUAGUAAACAACAGCCUAUACUUAGUGGUAGCAGGCAGCAAUGACCUUGCCAACACUUAUUACACAAUUGGAUUAAGACAAAAACAGUAUGAUAUUGACUCAUAUACUGAUCUUAUGGUGGACAAAGCUGAAGAUUUUAUCCAAGACUUGUACAAGUUGGGAGCAAGGAAAAUAGGUGUUUUUGGGAUUCCACCAGUUGGAUGUUUGCCAUGCCAAAGAACACUAAGUGGAGGUUUAGGUAGACUAUGUGUGGAAGAACACAAUCAAGCUGCACAACUGGCCAACACUAAGAUUUCACUUGCCCUUAAUGGUUCACUAUCCAAGAAGUUGCCUCAAUCCAAGCUGGUUUUCAUUGACAUCUAUGAUCCUAUGCUUGAUCUCAUUCUCAACCCUCAAAAAUAUGGAUUUGAAGUGGUAGAUAAAGGAUGCUGUGGUACAGGAAACAUAGAGGUAGUCAUAUUAUGCAACAGAUACAUGAGUAGUACAUGUGAAGACGACACGAAAUAUUUGUUCUGGGAUAGUUAUCAUCCCACUGAAAGAGGCUACAGAAUCCUUGUUGAUCAAAUGAUCAAAAAGUAUAUCAAUAGGUUCAUGUGAAACAUGAAUAUCAAGAUUCAGGAUAUUUCAUCCUCCAAAUGUUGAAACAAAACGCGCAAAAACAAGUUUGCGCCUUUUCAUCCAUCCUUCAUGAUCACUAUCCUAAUA